UAGAGGGUGUGGCUAGCAUGUGAAAUGUCAGGGUGGAAUGGCGCUCGGCGCGGUAUUUUGAACAAUCGCUUUUUCCUUUCCUUGUUUUAUCUGGAAACGUUACUUUACGUAAAAAUCUCUGGGUAAACGGAGAGCUCAGACUUUGCAAAUAUGGAUGUGGUGUCACCAGAGCUCAACAGCCUCCUUCCUGAUGAGAUUAUGGAUACUGAGGAAAUAGAGGGCGUCCCUAAUUCCCAACCCGACAGCACCAUGGCCCCGUCGGAGCCCUGUGAUGACACAUCGGUCCCGAUGGAGACGGAUACACCCAUGGCCUCAGAAGAUCUGAGCCUGUGUUCAGAUGCCUCUUCAACAGAACAGGCUUUGAGCAGCACUACCUCCACAGGCUCUGCACUUAUCAUCAGCUCUGGAAGUCAGACUCCUGCCUCAAUUUGUAGUACCCCUUCAUCCCUUCUUACCUUCAAGCCAGCCCUGGCUACUUCCACAGCCACCACCAAAACCACAGACAGCAUGACUGGGACUACUGUUUCUACUAGUGGGUUACAGAAGCUCACAGCUCCUUUCACCAUCUCUCCUGCAAACCACCAGAUCAUUCUCAACAAGGUGGCCUCAUCUCAAGCCACAGAAGCAGCAAAGUCUGCAGGCACUCCAGCCCAGGUCAUCAAGCAGGAAGGACAAAAACUGUUGGUUACAACAAUAGGGAAGUCGGGGCAGCCUAUAGUGCUGCAGUUACCCCACACAGGCAGCAAGCCUGGUAUUUCACAGAUAUCAGGAGACACAAAGACUGCAGCGCCACAGUUUAAAGUGGUCACUAUUGGUGGGAGGCCAGAGCUGAAGCCAGUGGCAGGGGGUGCUGGUAACCAGUUGACCACAUUACAGGCCCAGCAGCUGAAGACUGUACAGAUUGCUAAGAAAACCCCGACAUCCUCAGCUGCACCAGUCAAGCUCAUCAUCACAAAAACUGUCAACAGCAAAGGCCUGAGUCCUCAGACAUCAAGUCCUCCUGUUAUCGCAGGACGGGUCCUGCCACAGACUUCCCCUGUGUUACCCCUGAGGACUAUUACUCUCUCAGACCCCCACAACACUAGUAUACAAAGUAUCCCUGGCAAAAAGAUCGCUAUUUCCCCUCUAAAGACUCCCAGCAAGGUGACCGUAGUUUCUGUUGCUUCCCCGACCUCCAACGCCUCUCAGAAGUCAGUAGCGCUGCCUGUCAAUGUAGCACUUGGUCAGCAGAUCCUCACAGUCCAGCAGUCCACAUCUGGAUCGCCAGUCAAGUUGGCUACCAGCCAGACCACAGCACAGAAUAUUAAACCGGUGCAGUCUGUGACAGUGGGAGGAGUUGGUGUCUCCCAGUUUAAGACCAUCAUCCCGCUGGCCACCCAGUCGAAUGUGCAGCAGAUUCAGGUGCCAGGAAGCAAGUUCCACUACGUCCGCCUUGUCACAGCCACCACAGCGAGCAGCACCGGACAGCCCAGUGGUCUCAGCACCAGCUCCAUACAGACAGCAAAACCUAUGGUGGUCAGCUCAGGGCCGGUCAGGAUGUCCGUCCCAGUCAUCCCAGCACAGACCAUGAAACAGGUGGCACCUAAACCCUUAACAUCAGCAGCACAAGUAGUAACCACCACUCAGACCCAGCAACGCCUCAUCAUGCCGGCAACUCCACUACCCCAGAUCCAGCCCAACUUCACCAACCUCCCUCCGGGCACCGUCCUGACACCAGCUCCCGGAGGCGGGAACGUGGGCUAUGCAGUGGUGCCAGCGCAGUAUGUCACACAGCUGCAGCAGUCGCCGUUUGUGACCCUCGCCAGCAGCCCUGGUUUCUCUGCAUCGUCUGCGAUCCAGGCACAGUCCAGAUUGCCCCUUAAUGGCUUGUCAACAGCAGACACAACCUCAAGACCAAGGAAACCGUGCAACUGCACCAAGUCACAGUGUCUCAAACUAUACUGCGACUGCUUUGCAAAUGGAGAAUUCUGCAAUAAUUGCAACUGCAAUAACUGCUUCAAUAACCUGGAACAUGAAACUGAGCGUCUCAAAGCUAUAAAGACGUGCCUGGACCGAAACCCAGAGGCCUUCAAACCUAAAAUUGGUAAAGGCAAAGAGGGUGAGUCAGACCGUCGACACAGCAAAGGCUGCAACUGCAAACGAUCAGGCUGCCUGAAGAACUACUGCGAGUGCUAUGAGGCAAAGAUCAUGUGCUCGUCCAUUUGUAAGUGUAUCGGCUGCAAGAACUUUGAGGAGAGCCCGGAGAGGAAGACGCUGAUGCACUUGGCCGAUGCAGCAGAAGUGAGAGUGCAGCAGCAGACUGCGGCCAAAACCAAGCUGUCCUCGCAGAUCUCAGACCUGCUCAUGCGGACGACACCUGUUAACUCAAGUGGCGGUGGGAGGCUGCCGUAUACGUUUGUAACGAAGGAGGUGAUUGAAGCGACGUGCGAGUGUCUGGUGGAACAGGUUAGAAAGGCCGAACAGACUCAUCAGUCUCAGGCUGAAGCAGAGAGGAUGAUCCUGGAGGAGUUUGGAAACUGCCUCAUGAGGAUUAUCAGCUCUGCGGCAAAGGCCAAAGCAGACUCUGCCUCCAUCGGCAGCUAGGCCAAGCACUCUGACUUUCUCCACCAUCUGACCAGUCCCAGCACAGGGGGAGAAGCGUGGACCGCUCUGCACUCUGUCUCGGACCCCUGGGGUUUCUCUCCUGCGGGGAAACAGGUUGUCACCCUCCUCAAAGACCAGAGGAAUGUCCUGACAGUAGACAGAUUCUCCUGCCUGGGCCAAGCUGAGUCCAGCUGGAAUAAUAGAUGCGAAUAGCUCUUUGUGCUGUUCAGCAAAUGGACACAGCUGCCUUCAAAACUGACAACUUCAAAACUGAACUAUCACACGUUCACAGAAAUGACUGAGAACCGGAUAUUAAAUGUUCCAUCACUUCGUUUUGCCUGCAGAGUUCUAUGGUUUCUCCAAACAUUUGUUCUUCCAUUUUCUCCACUUUUCCUUUCGUUGUUUCCCAUUUUGAGGUUUUUGACAAAAACAGGCCUUUACUUUGUAUCUAAUCAGUAUAUUUGUGCUUACUGUAGACAAACAGAAUAUGUAUCUUUUGAUAUUUAUUUUGACAAGUAUUUGUAAUCAUUGUCGGCGCUAAUAUUGUGUGGCUUAUUGCUGCAAGCUAUUAACUAUGGCUAGGCUAAAUUGUUUUACAGAAAACGAGUAGAGGCAAUCGUAGGUUUUAUCCUGGAUGCAGUUGUAUGAUAAAUGCACACACUCAAUGCAUUACAAAUAGACACACACACACACCCGCACUGCUCAGAAUAGCUGGAACAGUUGAGGAAAGUGCACAUUUCUUCUGGUGCUGUUUCCUGAUAUUAGUCAUAUCCUUACAGUAUAUUAAAAUCACUAAUUAAAAGAGUAAC